ACUGUUUCCUGUUCUAAGGCUUCUUUGCGACUGAAAUCCCGCAAUUUAUCCCCAGCAAGACGCGGCCGGAGCUGCCACUGGGGACACGAGCAGCGGUGGAAGGGGUGCAGCUCCUGCUUGCUGCCCCUGCCUCUCACCAUGGCCUCUCUCUGGAGCUCACUGGAAAGAGAUGUAUUCAACCCACAGAGCAUGAAGCUGCUGGAGACCAUCUGUGUCUGGAAGGCGGGGAAGAAAAAGAAAAUGUCCAUUCUCUGUGUUGUGGUGGAUGCCUUUAAGCCAGUGCAGCCGUUUCUGGUGAAGAUCAAGGUAGACCGAGGAGAGCAGUACAAGACAGCCUACAGGUGGCCUUUAGCGGAGCUAAAGCUGGUAGAUGGCAAGACUCUUGAUCAGGCGAGCCUGGAUUUUGACCUGCACUUCGAUAAGGUUUACAAGUGGACUGCUAGCAGCUCUGAUGAGAAGAAAACCUUUAUCAGAUGCUUGUGGAAGCUGAACCACCGAUUCCUCUCCAGGGCUAUCAAGUUUGUGAAUGUCCCCUCCUGUUCAGUGGAAGGGAGACAAAGGCCACAGGAAGACAGGAAGGACACUGCGGAGACUGAGAGCCAGGAGGAGCUCAGUGCCUACCAGGAGAUGACACCGAAGGAGGCUGCGGAUGUGCUGAGGCUGAUGGAGGAGUACGAGCCCCUUGUGAACAACUCCGUGGCCUUUGCCGAGCAGCUGAGCAAUGACCUGCACGUGCUGGAUGAGGCCAACCUUAGGGCCAUCAUCUCUUCUGAGAAGCAGGUGACAAAGCUGAUGAGCUUCAUUGAUGAGGCCCUGGCAGAGGUGGCCAGAGUGGAGGAGACCUUGCAGGUUUACGAUGAGCUACUGGGAAGCGUGAAGCAGCAGAUGGACCACAUCCACCAGGAGAACUCCUUGCUACAUCACAUCCUCUCCAACAAGACAAAGCUGAUGGAUGAGAUCCUCUUCCUCACGACCCACCUCGACCUUGGCAAGGAGCACUGCGAGGCCCUGAGCCGGGCAGACCUUUCCAGCCCCAGCGGCGUGAAUGCCUGUGUUGCUGCAGCAGAGGCAUUAUCUAGCUGCAUGAACAUCCAGAUACAGCCUGGUUACCGAAAGCUACAGGCUGUGGCGGAGCAGCUGAUCAUGUUUGAAACACUCAAGCAGAACUUUGAAAACAGCUUCAUCAGUCACGUUACAAACAUCUUUGAGCUGCAGGGCAAUGCUCAGGUCGAUGCUCUCAUGCAGCCCUUCGACAAGCUCUCUGCACCAAGCCAUGGUCUCCACCAUGAGGAACUGGUGCCCUACACCCCGCUCACGGCCUGGCUGAGGAACGCCAACCCAGUUCUCUUCUCUGAUCUCCCCAAGGUCUAUGCCCAGAACCUCAGCAGACUCUACGACAGGGAAAUCAAAGCCUUUUUUGAACAAGCCAAAAUCCUCUUGUUGGGAAGAAGAAAAGGAAGUCUUCAGGAGGGCUUGGAGAAGCCGAUGGUGAUGGGGAACAGACAGCACUUUCGCUGGAGCCUCCCAGGGAGCAGAGAAGGACAGGAGGACACACCGGACAGAGGAAACGUCAUCAAGAUGUUGGAGCAGGUGCUGCGAGAGCUGCAGCCCCUCUGCACCGUGGAGCAGCAGUUCAUUGAGAAGUUCUUCCACCUGAGCCAGAACACCACCCAGCUGAAGGUGCUGGAGGUGCCUGCCUCUAAGGGAGGAGAAAACAUGGCAUCUGCAGAGGAUCCUCCUUGCACCAAGCCUCGGAGCCAACUAGAAGAACCUACAACCCGGCUGCUGGGCGAGAUUUUCAGUUCACUAGAGCCCGAGCUGAGAGGCUUUCUAGAUGUCUGCAAUAAGACCCACCCCUUCAGCUGCUUGCAGGUCCUGGUUACCUUGAGUGACUCCGUCUUUGAGAUGUGGGGCUCUUCCUCAGCUCCCCCCUCGUCCUUCCUCAACACUGUCCUGGGCAACAUGCUGCUCCUGGCCAAGAGCAGCUUCAACAAGUGCAUUGGGACCUUGUGCAAAGAAAUCAAGGAGGCGAAGGCACCCAGCAAGAUGAGAGGCGGGAUCCUGCCCUCUGUGAGCCGCUUCGAGGAGUUUGUGAAUUUCUCAGAGGAGGUGUUCAGGACGGCUCAGCGCAGAGGGGAGCUGGACAAGGCACACCUCAGGCUGGCCAGCAGCGUCUUCAGCAGCAUCAAUAGCCUGUCCUCGGCAAACCUGAAGGUGAACACAGACAUGGUCAUGAUGGAGAAUUUCCACCACAUCCAUUGCUUUCUGUGCCAAAAAAAGAUCCAAUGCCUGGAGGACAAAAAGAGGGAAGCCAAGCAAAGGUACAGCGAGCACAUGGAGAAAUAUGUCAUCACCUACCUGGGCCAGCCACUGGAGAAGCUCAAUCACUUCUUUGAAGGGGUGAAAGCCCGCAUCGCUCAGGGGGUGAAAGAAGAGGAGGUCAGCUUCCAGCUGGCCUACAGCAAGCAAGAGCUGAGGAAAGUCAUCGAGAGGUACCCUGGCAAGGAAGUAAAGAAAGCCCUCGAGACUCUCUACAGGAAAAUCCACAAGUAUCUGUCCCCAGAGGAAAAUCUCCUGCCGGUGGUGUGGCACGCCAUGGAGCAGGAGCUCAUACGUCAGUACCGAGAGCUGCAGGAUCUGAUCCAACGUUGUUAUGCAGGGUCAGGGAUCACCAUGGACUUCACCAUGGAGGACUUGCUGAGCUAUUUCAACUCCAUCACUCUGGCCAGCGUGUAGAGGCAGAUGCUGGUUGAUUGAGACCAGCUCAGGGA